AUGGCGACAGGCAACGACGCUGUCAAUGCCGUGCUUGGAGACUACGAAUCCAAGCUCACUGCUGUUGCGCCAAAGGCAGUGGGCAUCCAGUUGGGGCUUUUCCUUGCCCUCAGCUUGGCAUGCCUCGUCGGCUUCAUGUUGCUGCGUACCAACAAUUCUGUCAUCUACGCACCUAGAUACAAAUUCAUAGAUCCAGCGUCGCCCAAACGCCCGCCAAAGAUACAACCGACCGCUUUCGGAUGGCUGAAACCGCUCGUGUCUGUUCACGAGAAGGAGAUGCUUGUCAUCGUCGGCCUCGAUUCGGUCUGCUUCUUGCGCUUCUUGAGGAUGUGCCGGUGGAUGUUUGGCAUCGUAGCGCUGCUCUCUUGCGGUGUCCUCAUCCCCGUCAAUCUCGUCUACAACCUCAAGAAUGUUGAAUCCGACUCACGCAAUCCGCUCUCAUCGAUCGCAAUCACAAAUGUCAAAGGCAACAUUCUCUAUACACACGUUGCCGUGCUCUACUUGAUCACCUUGAUCGUCGCCUUUUUCCUCUGGAGGAACUUCGCUGCCAUGUGCGAGCUCAGAUGGGAGUACUUUCGAGGCGAAGAGUACCAGCACAGCGUGAAUUCUCGCAGCGUCAUGAUCACACAGAUACCCAAGAAACUUCAAAGCGAUGCCGGCGUGCGCGACAUCAUCACCGAAAGGUGCAACAUAGAGUAUCCCACGACGGACAUUGCGAUCGGCCGCAGGGUCGGCCAUUUGCCAGAAUUGAUCAGGCGACACAACAAUGCCGUCAAAGCGCUCGAAGAAGCUUUUGCACGCUACAGUAAAAACUUUCCCAAAGUACCGGCUCAGCGGCCUCGCACAAAGGUUGGCUCCCGGCUCGGCAUGGGCGGCAACACCGUCGAUACUUUCGAAUUCUUGCUGCAAAAGGUCGAGAUGUACAAGCAGAAGAUAGAGCUCGAGCGCGCCAAUAUCCGAACCAAGAAAGCAGAAAACUAUGGCUUUGCGAGCUUUCAAUCGCCGCCGUAUGCUCACAUUGUAGCCGAACGACUCGAAGGACACAAGGCACAAGGUGCUGAGAUCGAAUUGGCACCUUUGCCGGAAGAUAUCAUCUGGGAGAAUGUCGUCAAGGGUAACGCCAAUCGCGGCUUUGCGAAGUUCUGGAUCGGUCUUGGCCUAGCACUUGUCAUGGUCGUCUACACGAUUCCUUUGGUGGCUGUCUCCUUCCUGGCCAACUUGACAUCUGUCGCGCAAUACGUCAAUUUUCUCGAGCGUUGGUCAACAUCCUCGCCCGCUUCGUUCGCUGCCGUCACAGGUAUCUUGCCACCUGUACUGUCACUGCUACUCCAAGCAUUCCUGCCAUCGAUCAUCCGCGUCUUUGCGCGCAAGCAAGGGGCUCUAACGCAUACACAGCUCGAUCGCGAUGUGCUUGGCUGGUACUUCGGCUUCACUUUUGCAACCAACGUUAUCAUCUUCUCCUUGAUCGGCGUAGCUUUCACCUUCAUCACGGAGGUCGUCAUCGAAGUCGGCAAAUCGGGUGGUCUGCGCGCUAUUUUGGGCGAGCUCAGUCGGCUGCCGGAUCGCGUGCAGAAUACCUACGUAUCGCAGUCAAACUACUGGCUGACAUGGUUCCCGGUGCGAACAUUCGCCGCCUUCUUCGAUCUCGCUCAGGUCGUCAACAUUGGUUGGAUCUGGCUGCGCACCCGUCUAUUUGGCCGUACGCCACGAGAUAUCAAAGAUUGGACGAAGCCGAGAGAGUUCGAUACGCCAGUCUACACAGGCGACUACCUGCUCAUGGUGGCAGUGGCGCUUGUCUAUGCCCCUUUGGCGCCGCUUGUCACUCUGUUCGCUGCCGUUUCAUUCUUCUUGAGCACAUUCGUCUACAAGUAUCAGAUGCUCUACGUCAGUGAAACGGAAAGCGAAUCUGGUGGUCGACUGUGGCGUGUACUGUCGAACAGAAUCAUUUUCUGCACGGCUUUCAUGCAAGCAAUCAUGACGCUUACGAUCGGUCUACAACGAGGCUGGAUCUACUGCACGACCUGCGUACCUGCUCUCGCCUUUUUGCUGAUCUUCGGCAUCGUUCUUAAUCGCCACUUCGACCAGCGCUUCAGGUGGUACAUUCCGGAUAGGGAAGAGAUUAUCGAGAGUACCGCUGGCGUCAACGUCAGCAAGCGUCAGCUCGACAAGAAGUUCGGACACCCUUCGUUGCAUAUUGAGCUUUUCUAUCCCGUCAUCGACAGAAGGAAGAUGGGACUUUGGGACGAAGUCACGGGCGGCCAGAAUCAAACGCACCUCAAGGCAGAGGGCGUUGACGAGAAGCAGCUCGAGAACGUCUCUGCAGUCGGCGUUCCCCUCGGUGUUCGGCGUGCAUCAGACUUCAAUGCGCUCAUGGGCCAGUCCCGACCGAUGGGUCGGACAAACGGUUCACAAGACAAGCUGCUCAAUUAUGCCGAUUCUGUCGUUGAUCCGCGAGAGUAUGCCUAUGGCCGAGACGAUGCCGCUUCUUACAAAGAGGCCUACGACCAUAGCUUCAACCCUUCUGUCGAGUCGCUCGACAUGGGCAACAUGGGUCCAUAUGGGCAACGACUACCACAUGGCUACUACCAGACGCCAAUCUCACAACCGGGCUCCGUCCCUGGAUCACCACGGUCUAGCUACGACGUGCCUCGACGAGGUGGCGGCCUACCGCCGGGUGCGACGGGUGCGAGUCCUCAAAUGAGGUCAUCUCCUCAAAUGCCACGGUAUAUGCCUAGGCAGCAGCAGCCUUACGACCAAUAUCAAUACCCUCCGCAUGGCAAUUUCUAG